AAGACAAUUUUUAGUGCGUGGCAGCUGGCAUUAUUUUCGUUGACACAUUUUUUUUUUCUCCAUGUUACACACGUUACAAAUUUACACUUACAAUCAUUCUUAAAAAAACAUAUUAUUUAACAGAAUAAUUUGUUUAUUAUUUAUCAAUUACUAUAUAAAAUUAAUUUGUAAAUAUUAUAAUAUUUUAUUGUUUGUCAAUAUAUUUUUUUUUAUAUUUUUAUUUAUUUUUUCUUUGUGUGAGAAAUAAAAAAAUUGGAGUAACCAGUCAUAAUUUAUUUUUUCUUAUUAAAAAUAAUAAUAAUGGAGAAAAAUUUAAUAGACAAUCAAAGUGAAGGACAACUUGAUUCAUCAGAAUAUCAAAUGGACUCUCAAAAAUUGUCAAAUAAUGUUUUAUUAAAUAAUAAAAAAAAUAAUGAUGCAAGUGGAGUUGUAUUAACAUCAACAUCAACAAAUCAAGAUUGUGAUAAUAGCAGUUUAACACCUGGAGAUUUAGAUAAUAAUCAUGACAAUAUUAAUAAAAAAAAUAAAAUGAUUGUUACGACACAAGAAAGAAGAGAAUAUGAUCCAACAAUUGAUGAAAGAUUACCAGACACAGUGACACUAUUAAGAACACCAGAUGGUGGUAAAGUUUAUCUAAUUGGUACUGCUCAUUUUAGUGAAGAAAGUCAAAAUGAUGUGUCAAUGAUAAUACAAGCAGUACAGCCAAAUAUUGUAAUGGUUGAAUUAUGUGAAGCCCGUGUACAUAUAUUACAAUUAGAUGAAAAAACAAUAUUAAAAGAAGCUGAAAAUUUAAAUCUCGAUACAAUUCGUGCAACAAUAAGACAAAAUGGUUUAUUCAAUGGUAUGCUUUAUGUAUUAUUAUUAAAUAUGUCAGCACAUUUAACAAAACAACUUGGUAUGGCACCAGGUGGUGAAUUUAGACGUGCAUUUUCUGAAGCAACUAAAAUACCAAAAUGUUUAGUUCAUCUUGGUGAUAGACCAAUUAAUAUAACACUUCAACGUGCAUUGAGUUCAUUAACAUGGUGGCAAACAAUAAAACUCGUAUGGAAUUUAUUACGUUCAAAAGAUCCAAUAAGUAAAGAAGAUGUUGAACGUUGUAAACGUCGUGAUUUACUUGAAGAUUUAUUAGCUGAAAUGGGUUAUGAAUUUCCAUGUCUUGGUGAAGUAUUUGUUAAAGAACGUGAUUUAUAUUUAACUCAUUCACUUCAAUUGGCAUCACAUCCAAUACAAUGUUCACGUGGUUUUAUUCCAUCACGUGUUGUUGGUAUUGUUGGUAUUGGACAUAUGCCUGGUAUCAUUAAACUAUGGGGUAAAGUUAAUCCAGAUGAAAUAAUACCAAUAAUGAAAAUACCAGAAAAAACAAUGUCAAGUAAAAUUAUUAAAAUUACUGUUAAAGUAUCAUUAAUUGGUGCUGUUAUAUAUGUAGGCUAUAAAUAUAUUCCAUUACCAAUUGGUUCAACAUUAUCAUCAUUAAAGUCAUCGGUUGAGGGACUAUUUAAAGUUGCUGUUAGUCAAUAAAAAACAACAUCUAAAUUUAUCAUUAUUAUUGUUACUAAUUGACAAUUAGAAUUUAUAGUUAUUAAUUAUGGAAAUUGCUAAAGGUAGUAUUGAUGAAUACGAGCAUUUAUUGAACAAUGUGAUGUAUGUUGUUAGUAACAUUCCAGGUAAAGGAAUUGAUAUUGAUGAUUUUGAAUCUGUAUUUUUAAAUGGAUGUUCAUGUGAAGAAAUGCAAUGCAAUGAUAUGUGUUCAUGUGUAAGAAAUAAAGUCAAUUAUAUUGACAAUUUAUUAUUAAAUGACGAAAAAUUAAAUGAUUUAAUAUUUGAAUGUAAUUCAGCAUGUUCAUGUUUUAAUAAUAGCAAUUGCAAUAAUAGAAUUGUUCAAAAUGGUCCAUUAAAUUGUUUAAAAAUAAUUAAUAAUAAUAAAGGUUUUGGUUUAAUAACAAAUAGUAAUAUUAAAAAAAAUCAAUUUAUUUGCGAAUAUGCUGGUGAAGUAAUUGGUAUUGAUGAAGCUAAAUUUAGAGAUAAAAAUAAUAAAAUAAAUAAAGAGAUGAAUUAUAUUCUUGUUGUUACAGAAAAUAUUGGUGAUAGAAAAAUAAUAACUUGUAUUGAUCCAAAAUAUUUUGGUAAUAUUGGACGUUAUUGUAAUCAUAGUUGUCAGCCAAAUGCAAAUUUAGUGCCUGUUCGUGUUGAUAAUUUAAUUCCACGUUUAUGUUUAUUUGCAUCAAGAGAUAUUAUUGUUAAUGAAGAAAUAACAUUUGAUUAUGCUGGUGGUCUUGAUAAAAAUAUUAAUAAUAUUAGUGAGACACCAUGUCUUUGUGGCUCUGAUAAUUGUUUAGGAUUUUUGCCUCAUCAUUCAAUUUAAUAUUGAAUUUUAUUAUUUUUUCUUUUCAAUUUACUAUUUAUUAUUUACGUAUUUUUAUUAAAUUGUUUUUGCUAUUUUUUAAAGCUAGAAUAUUAAGCUAAUUAUUUUAUCAUGUGCUGUAUCACUUGGUGAUUAUCAUGCAUCAACGAAAAAAGAAAGAAAAAAAAAUAAAACUA